AUGCUCUUUCUCACUCUUUCCUCACCUAGUUCCUUCUCGAUCCCUCUUUUUGGGUUCUUCUUUUCCUUUCACUCCGUCUUUUCCGUUUCAUUGUUUUGUAUUUUGCUGUUUUUUCGUUACAAAAUUCUCUUUCAUUUUUCAUCUUGCCUAAUUUUUUCUUUUUUCUUUCUUUAUUUCUUUCUUUCUUUCUUUCUCAAUCAACAAUAUGCUCAUAUCUAUCUAUCUAUCUAUCUAUCUAUCUAUCUAUCUAUCUAUCUAUCUAUCUAUCUAUCCCAGCCUGUUCAUAUCUAUCUAUCUAUCUAUCUAUCUAUCUAUCUAUCUAUCUUUUCUAUCUAUCUAUCAUUCUACAUGCCUUAUUCGGAUGAAUAUAUCCCAGUCUCUUCUAAUCUAUCCCUUUUUAUUAUUUUUUCGUUUUCUUCUGUCAUUUAUACGAAAAAUACAGUCUUUCUUUCUUUCUUUCUUUCUUUUCUUUCUUUCUUUCUUUCUUUCUUUUUUUUUCACACAUUGCUGUGUUUCCUUCCUUUCUCCCCUAAUGUUUCAAAUGGUUCCUUCCGCUUUACCCCUUUUCUUUCAUUCCAUUAUAUUCCUUCUUUCUUAUUUUUCUUUCUUUUUUAUUUAUAUUACACCGUCUCAAUGUUUGUUUGCUUUUUCUUUUCUAUUCAUUAUCUAUCUAUCUAUCUAUCUAUCUAUCUAUCUAAUCUCUUAUCUAUCUAUCUAAGUCUCUUAUCUCUCUAUCUAUCUAUCUAUCUAUCUAUCUAUCUAUAUAUCUAUCUAUCUAUAUCUCUUAAUUUUCUAUCUAUCUAUCUAAGUCUCUUUAUUAUCUAUCUAUCUAUCUAUCUAUCUAUCUUCGUCUAUUCAUUAUCUAUCUAUCUAUCUAUCUAUCUAUCUAUCUAUCUAUCUAUCUAUCUGUCUCUUAAUUAUCUAUCUAUCUAUCUAUCUAUCUAUGUUCUCUCUAAUUAUCUAUCUAUCUAUCUAUCUAUCUAUCUAUCUAUCUUCGUCUAUUCAUUAUCUAUUUAUCUAUAUUCAUCUAUUAAAUAUCUAUCUAUCUAUCUAUCUAUCUAUCUAUCUAUCUAUCUAAGUCUCUUAAUUUUCUAUCUAUCUAUCUAUCUAUCUAUCUAUCUAUCUAUCUAUCUAUCUAUCUAUCUAUCUAAGUCUCUUUAUUAUCUAUCUAUCUAUCUAUCUAUCUAUCUAUUUAAGUCUCUAAUUAUCUAUCUAUCUAUCUAUCUAUCUAUCUAUCUAUCUAUCUUCGUCUAUUCAUUAUCUUUUUCCCCUAAUGUUUCAAAUGCUUCCUUCCGCUUUAACCCUUUUCUUUCAUUCCAUUAUAUUCCUUCUCCACUUUUCUGUCUUCUUCUUUUGUCGAUGCGGCUUUUUUCUUUGGUCGUUUACUCAACUGCCAAUUCCUUUUGUUGUUUGAAAAUAAACUUUCAUUUCACUUGUUUUUUGCUUCUUUCUUUCUUUCUUUCUUUCUUUCUUUCUUUCUUUCUUUCUUUCUAUUCCCCACUGUUCUUUCUUUCUUUUUUUCAUACAUUAAACCGUCUUAAUGUUUGUUCGUUUUUUUCUUUUCUAUUCAUUAUCUAUCUAUCUAUCUAUCUAUCUAUCUAUCUAUCUAUCUAUCUUCGUCUAUUCAUUACUUAUCUAUCUCUCUAUUCAUUAGUCAUGUAUCUAGUUCUAUGCUCAGGCAUACAUAUAAUUAUACAAAUGUACGUACAUACACAUAGAUAUAUAUAUAUAUAUAUAUAUAUAUAUAUAUAUGUGUGUGCGCGUGUUAUUUCUUUCUUUUUUAUAUUAAACCGUCUUAAUGUUUUUUGUUUUUUCUUUUCUAUUCAUUACCUAUCUAUCCUAUCUAUCUAUCUAUCUAUCUAUCUUCGUCUAUUCAUUACUUAUCUAUCUAUCUAUCUAUCUAUCUAUCUAUCUAUCUAUCUAAGUCUUUUAAUUAUCUAUCUAUCUAUGUCUAUUCAUUACUUAUCUAUCUAUCUAUCUAUCUAUCUAUCUAUCUAUCUUCAUAUAUAUAUAUAUAUAUAUAUUUUAAUUAUCUAUCUAUCUAUCUAUCUAUCUAUCUAUCUAUGUCUAUUCAUUACCUAUCUAUCUAUCUAUCUAUCUUCGUCUAUUCAUUCUAUCUAUCUAUCUAUCUAUCUAUCUAUCUAUCUAUCUAUCUAUCUAAGUCUUUUUAAUUAUUAUUAUCUAUCUAUGUCUAUUCAUUACUUAUCUAUCUAUCUAUCUAUCUAUCUAUCUAUCUAUCUAUCUAUCUAUCUAUCUAUCUAUGUCUAUUCAUUACUUAUCUAUCUAUCUAUCUAUCUAUCUUCAUCUAUUCAUUAA